AUGUACUGUCGCAAUUCAAGAGGAAAUCAGAAUACGGCUGUGUCUCCACGCGGGUUUGUGGAUCGUGUCGAGAGUUUGUGUUGUGUUGGUUUCCAGUUGCAGAGCUCAGAGACUCGACAAGGAGCGGUGAUGGAGGGCUUAAUACUUCCAAAAAGUGAAAGCAGUUUGGACAGCACUGUAGAAGCAUUUAGAACGAUGAAAAGAAAAAUGGGUCUGUCAAAUUGUGAAGCCUGCGGCAGCAGGGAAGCUAAGUACAGAUGCCCAGGGUGCACCAAGCAUUCUUGCAGCUUACCCUGUGUGAAGAAGCAUAAAUCAGAGAGUGGAUGCAGUGGGGUCCGAGACAGGGCUGCGUUUGUACCCAUUGGUGAAUUUGAUGAAAUGAAUCUUCUCAGCGAUUACAGGUUUCUGGAAGAUACAGGGAGGCUGGCAGAUGGUGCUAACAGGGAUGCUCUUAUUCACAAACCUGUAUCAAACAAAUCUCUCAGAUUUCUGAAAAGCAGAGCUCGAAAAUUCAAUCUAGAGCUGAAAUUCCUGCCUAUCGGAUUCACAAAAAGAAAAGAGAACUCAACAUUCUUCAACAAAAAGGACAAUAAGUUCUUCUGGCAUCUGAAGCUGAUUUUUCCACAAAGCCAUACUGAAUAUGUAGAGAAGAGGGUACCUGCUGACAGAACACUUGAUGAGAUCCUAAACUCUUAUAUCCAUCCAACGGAAUCUGAUCCCACAAUUCGUCAGAAGUUGAAGGUGUACGUUCUGUCCUCUUGCACACAAAAGAUCUUCAUGAAAGUGGAAAACAGGAAGUCAAACUCACUCAGGUAUUAUGAGCUGGACUCCAAGAAGAGCCUUCUUGAGAACCUGAAGAACAAGACUGUAAUUGAGUACCCAGUGCUUCAUAUAGUACUCGAAGAUCACUUCCAUCAGUAUGUUGGUCUUGGACAAGCAGAGACUAAAGAAGGGAAUGAAGAGUCUGCCGCAGGUAUUCCAGUUAAAGAGUUGGAGGAGCUGGAGGAAGGUGAAAUCCAGGAUGAUACUGACGGAGUUCCAAGUUAAGGCUAUCGGGCAGCAGUAUGUGAUAUAAACUUUAAAUUCAGAAUGAAUUGCAAAAUUCUUCCUUGUUUCUAAUGUCAGUGGCAUCCCCCCACCCUGCUUUUUUGUUAAGUGAUGCCUUCAAAGAAUCUCAAUUUUUAUGUAAACAGUAUACUUUUUAAUAUGGUAUAUCAACAGUGGUUAGUUAUGUUGAAAAGAAAACCUACAUGCAUGCAAUGUGUGCGCUUUUUAUUUCUGCACUGUUUUAUCCUCUUAUAGUUUACAGAGACAAACUAAUUAAUUGGGGUUUUUUUGCAUAAGGCUACUGUGUGUAACAAACAGAAUGUUGUGCCUUACAGAACUUUCCCCUUUAGUGAAUCUAAACAAAUGAUGCUGUUAGCAUGUUUUGUGUAACGUUAUACACUGACAGGUUUAGAAGUACCAGAAAGUCUUUAGUGAAGUGCUGUAUGUCAACUGUAAGUCACAAGGAGAGGCAUUACCUUCUAGCACAGUGUGCUUAGGCACUUGGGUGAAAGCGAUUUAGUUGCUUUCAGUGAGAUGUGAUAAAUGUAGUUGUUUUAUGUCAUCUAUCUCGUCAGAUGAGAGGCUGCUUAUUAUAACUAACUUUGAUGUCUGUGGUUUCCCAAGUAUUUUGAUAUGCACUCAUGCAUUUGGUUCUGUCAAGAUUCAUAGUGUGGUUUUCAAUCAAUAUCUCUGACAUAAAGUUUUCACAGAGACGAAUGCAAUACUAUAUACAUUUUAUUGAGUGCAGGGAAUGUUUGUAUAGAAGCUUUGUGCAUAACAGUUGAACAUUUGACCAGUGAACUUCUGUAUCCUUAAUCAGUCAGGAUGUCUUUUUUUAAUUUUUUUUUUUAUUGGACCAUUUUGUGUAGAAAUCAAUGGAUCUUGUCAGGCAGCACCUCUAGAUUGCUGAGAUAAGGCUGUCUUAGCAUGUCUAGGGGGGCCCAUAACAGAGCCGCUAUGAUGCAAGAUGUUCAACAUACCAGUUCUUUUCCACACAUCCCAGAAUGUGUUUAAGUGGCUUUUGAAUCAGCCUGUACGUUGCAUACACUAUAAAGCUGUUUGCAGCAGAGUUGCAAGUGUUGAGAUGCCUGGGUAUGAGUUCCACUGUGACCACCGCAAUACAGAUGUGACUCCAGGAAGACCGCAUGGACACAAAACUCAGGAACACCCAGAGAACUCCAAAAAAAAAAACUGCAACAGAUGGAUGUAACCAGGCGGAGCAGAGAGCACCUGAAGAUAGGAGUUCUGCACAAGGCUGUACAUGACCUACUGCUGUACAGACUGCCCUUCCGUGACACCUUCUGAAGUCUGUACGUGUGCACCUCUUUGUUCAUGCAUUAAUUUUAAAUCAAGGCUAUUUGUACGUUAGUAUUCUCUUUGUCAGGUGAAACAAACCAUAAGAAGAACAUAAAAACAGAAAUAACAUGAAAAAAAACAGCUUGUCUAUUUUUGUACUGUUUUUACGUCUAAUUUAUUUCUGAAGUGCAUUUUUUCAUCUAAUCAAAACCAGGUAUCUUUUGGUUUGCCUUUGCCAAAAAAGAUGAAAAGAGCUACGAUUAGCGGGGUUUGGGGAUUCAAAGGUCUUUGUACUCUUGCAAGCUAAAUGCAAAAGAAAAUUAAAAGUGGACCUUGUGAAUCUGUUUCUGAUAUUUUGUUGUUUUCCAUAAAAUAUGAAUAACUGCUGGCGUUGUUUGUUCUGGUCCUUUCCUACAGUAAAACCUGUAUUAAGUCGCUUGAAUUAAGCACUUGACUGCUCUUGCCAGUAAAACCCAGGACAAAUACAAGUAAAUGAUGGAGGCUUUUUGAAUAAGCAGCCACAAAUGUCAAUUAAAUGGCUCCAUAGUAGUAUAUUGUAUAUUACCUGUGUGUAUGUACUGUAUGCAAGUUCAAGGGAAACAGCUGGAAGGCAUUUGGCAGCCUUUACAUCUGGCUUCUUUUAGAUACAUUUUUAUAUAGCUGCAUAUCGCUGAAGUAAAAGCUGUUUUUCUAUUUAAGUAAAUUGAUUUAACAGAUGGCUCUGAAGGCAAACCAUUUAGAUAAUACAAAAAAUGUGUCGCUAUUCCCCAUCAUAUUUUUACUUUUUUUUUUUUUAUAAGACAAUUGAGAUGUAUACAAUGCAAAUAAAAAUAAAGACUUCAGCCCAGAUAUAGAAAUAUUGCAAAUCUGCAUCCCUUACUGUGAGGAAUGGAAUUCCAAAAGGAGAGGGUCCUGAAAAUAAAGCCAGCUUUUCAAAUUAAGUUGAUCCCCUUUUAUUUGUUCUUUGCCUCCUGAGCCAAGGCUUGAGCGUGCCCUUUACUUUUGUGAGUAGCUGGACCUCCUGUUCGUGUCUCAGAGUGAUCAAGUAUAGGGGCAAGGAGGUUUUGAGAAGGUGGAAGCUUGAGACCCACUCAUUUUAAAUCAUGGAAGACUAUAUAGCAAACAGACACCAGGGAUAUAUACCAGUGUCAAAAGAAAUGUUAUUUUUGAAAAAAUGAUGGACAUUGACUAAAUGUUUUUGGUUUCUUUUUAAUCACUUGAUCAU